AGAUGAUGUUAACAACUGCCACCCCGACCGGUCUGAUUUGAUGACACCGGAGAUGAUAGACCACGCUACAGACUAAGAGGAACCGCUCCUCCUUUUACAGAGACCUUGUCCCGAAGUAAUUUUCCUCUCCCCGCCUUGUCGUUGGCUUCGAGGUGGUGGACGAGACAUGUUAAAAACCAUUUCGAAAAAUAAAUUUCGCUUGACAACUUGGUCACAGCGCUUCUUUCAGUUUCGUCUCGUGGUCGUUUUAUUUCCACUUCUACUUUUCUCCCCGACUUGUUUGACCCUACUUGACGAUGUCCGAGGACCCGGCCUGCUGCACUGGAUCCUGUUGGCUCCUACUUCAAAAAUGGAAAACGGGCCACCCUUCAGCGCUGGUACUAGAAGUUAUACAACGUCUUUAUUUUCCGGUGCGUCAUCAACUGGGUCAAUAAUAUUCUCCCACGCCUACAGGCUGCAGACCCGAAAUAAAGCGACGACGAAGAAAACCACCUUGUCCCGGGUAGUUCAUUUCGCGACACACCGAACGACAGAGGAGAAGGACAAGCAGGGAACUACUAGUACUGCGCAGGAGAACAAGAACACAGCGGAGGUGGAGAACAACAGGAACGAAGAUGAUGUCCAUCAUCGUCCUGAGGGGACUUUCCUAGGUCUGCACCAAGGACGAGAAAAGAAUUCUGAGAGCGCCGGUUAUGGAGAUGAGUCUGAUGGUUUUCAGAAUUAUCCUGGCGAGCAUCUGGGAAAAAUUUUGCAGGAGCAGGACCAACAAAACGGUGAGCUGUACGAUAAGGAAACUACAAGCACAGGUAGAGCAAGGACCUCUAGACGGGGAAGCAAAAGCAAUAGAGGAUCAACAUCCCCGGUACGGAAAGCUUUGUUCGCGGGAAGGGACAGUCGAGAAAUAAAGAGAAGCAGUGGCAGGUCUAGUAUUUCUCGAGAGCAGCCGAGGACCACGACAGGCGGGGAAGAUGAAACGCAAAAAACGGCCUCCUUGGCCGAGCUAAAGUUGGAGCAAGAGUCUACUUUUUAUCAGGUGGGACAACGAGAGAGCAUCCAAGCAGCAGCUGCAGUAGUAGAACGGCAAGAAGAAGGCCUGGCUCAACAUGUAGUCGCGAAAAAUAGCAGAACCGCACAAACACAGCACCUGGGCGGCUGCGAGCAUGAGACGUGCCGGUACCCGAAUGCCGGGUUUGGCGGCUGCGCGUGCGACGUCGGGCGUGGCGGGACGCAGGAGUUCGUGUUGUGCCCACAGUCGGAAAUAGCAGCGGAGUUGCGACAGGCAGACUUGCAGCAGUACACGAGGCAAACGCAGCUACCCGCUUGCAGCCAGAUCCACUGCCAAAUGGCCUGUGACGACAACAGUGAUGCCGGGGGUUACUUGUACCAAACCUCCACGUGCCUGUGUCGUCUCUUUUACAUGUGGGGCGACGCCUUGAUUGGGUAUGCGCAUGUGCACGCCGGCGGCGGGCUUUCCCAAUUUGCGAACGAUGGGUGCAUGAGGAAAGUGGACACGACAACCGCGCCACCGCUUACGCCAGCCACGACCACCGUUGUCCACGCGACAAAUUCCGGUGGCAUCGGAACUCCCCCGACUGGAACCCGGCCCACGGAAGCGCCGCCGACCACGACAACAACCACGACGACAACAACGACCACGACCACCACGACUACGACCACAACUUCAACCACAUCGACCACUACCAUUUACAUCGACCCCAACGGCCCCUGCGCGACGCUGCCAACGAAAGAGCUCUGUGACGCCGCAAAAGCGCGGAAUUGUAUCUACGGGCAGAAGAAGCGAAUUCAAAUUGUUUCCGGGGAGAAAAAGUGGCUGAAUGACGGUCCUUAUCAAAUGCAAAAAUGUCUGGGUCUGGACGAAUCUAACUUGUCAUGCUAAAUCUGAAUCAUUCGAAAAUCUGUGUUGCAUGAUUGCCAAAAGCUGGCCACUUUUGACCUAAUCGAGAGGCAGUCUCUCAUGCAGGAUAAGCAUGAUAGAAAUCUCACAGAAUCUGUCAUGCUAUGUCCUACACACCAGACCUCAUGGGUCAUGGAAAACCUGCAUGACAAGUCUGCAUUCUUCCAGACCCAGACAUUUUUACAUUUGAUAGUCCUGUGCAAUGUUUCGACUGCUCAAAACUCCUAGCCACGCAGCCGAUCGCCGAGUUGCCCUACACUAAUUGCGACAUGCUCAGCGGAGGGCAUUGUAAGCCCGAGGAAGGUCUUACGAUUAAUUCGGUUGAAUGCGUGCUCAAUCCGGAUCCGAGCAGUAGCCCCUUCGCGAUUUACGGUGCAUCAUAUGAAAGUGCACAACUCCCCCUCCCCCUCAUUUGUAUUGCAUGAACAGCAAUACAAGCGUCAGCAAGAAGAAUACAGGUUUUGCAUGACAAAUUUGGAUAGGAGUGUAGGGCUAUUUCGGCUGCCAGAACUUGUCAUGCAAACAUUGCCAAGAGCCAAGGCGUAAAUUACUUACGUAUUUCGCAUGACAAAUGAGGGGGAGGGGGAGUUGUGCACUGUCAUACAUCAAGUACAGAAGAAGAAGCGCCCGUCGGAGGAGGAACUGGGGACGAGCAGGGUGAAGGAAAUACUAUCAGCUCGACUACCGGCCUGACCCAAGCCGACAUCAACAAAAUCCUCAUCGCCGUCGGGAUCUGCGUGACCUUACUCGCGGUCUGGGUCACCUGCUUGCUGUGCGGCUGCUGUAGUAAGGAACAAGAGGAGGACAUGAUGGAGCAUUAUGAUGCAGACGGUAAUUUAGUUGACGUUCAUGGAGGCGACGAGGACUAUCAGUUCUUCGAAGAGGGAACGUCAGAUGACUAUCAAAUGCAAAAGUGUCUGGGUCUGGAACAAAGCAACUUGUCAUGCGCAUUUCAGAACACACAAAAGUCUCUCAUGCAUAAGUAGCAAGGGCUGCUCACUUUCUGCCACCAAAAUGGGGGAUUUAUCAUGCGGGUUCGGCAUUGCGGAAGCUCCUCGAAACCUGUGAUGCUAGAGCUUCCAUGCCAGACCUUCUGCGUCAUGCAGAAACAGCAUGACUCUUCCAGACCCAGACACUUUUACACUUGAUAAUGACGGGUAUCAUAAUAACACCUACGGGUAUGACGAUCCUGGUGGCUAUGGAGGCGACGAGAGCAAUUACCAUGCAGGUGGAGGAAAGCACGGUGGGUAUCACCACCACCAAAAGUCUCAAAGAUACAAGGGUAACAAGAACGACUACUACGAGUCGGGAAAAAAGGGAAGUUACGACGACUACGGCGAGGACGAGUCGUACUAUGGGAAGGGUAGAAGCAAAGGGAUGAAAAAAGGGUACAAGCAGAAGGGGUACAAUGAUAAGGGCGGGGGGUUGCACGGGUAUUAGUUAGUAGGACCAGAAGAUAUUUUUAUCAGCACGAAUCGUGGUCGAACAUUUUGCUUUUUUGUCUCGAUUUUGGAAAACCGUAAACGAAAAUGUGAA